GUAGUCGCCUCUGAUUGGUCCGUCCUUAUGAACUGGGUCGGUCCACACUUACCGUGAAAGCUACUGUUGAAAUUCCUACGCUAACCAACUUUAGCCAGUUUGCUAACAUGUAAUUAAGCGAAUGUGGUUUAACUGCAUUUAUGGCACUGGAAAUGAUUCGAAUUGACAGGUAAUAUGCUGGUUACGAAACUGGAAUUCGGAAAUAAUUGGCGCUGUUCUGUACGUGUCGGCGUAACUACAACCAGAACAUGUCCAGUUAGCUGUUCCGCGGCGAUUGGUGGAUAACGAACCUGGCAAGCUAGCCAGUCACCCCGGGCUUUGGACUGGCUUGAGGCUUUUGAACAGGUUUCCUCGCCCAGUGGACAGCCGAGCCUGAUGCUGUGAUUACCAUGAGUCCCGCCGGCUGCCCCCAUGUCAACUGCUUCAAAGUGGACAACUGGAAGCAGAACCUGAGGGCUAUUUAUCAGUGUUUCGUAUGGAGCGGUUCGGCUGAGACCAGGAAACGCAAGGCCAAAUCGUGCAUCUGCCACAUGUGCGGCGCUCACCUCAGCAGACUCCACUCCUGCCUUUACUGCGUCUUCUUCGCCUGCUUUGCCAAAAAACACAUCCAUGAGCACGCCAAGAGCAAACGACAUAACCUAGCUAUUGACUUGCUCUAUGGGGGGAUUUACUGCUUCAUGUGCCAAGACUACAUUUACGACAAAGACAUGGAACAGAUUGCCAAAGAGGAACAAAGGAAAGCCUGGAAAAUGCAAGGCGUAGGUGAGAAGUACUUAUCAUGGGAGCCCACCAAGAGGGAGCUGGACCUUCUCCGCCACAAUCCCAAGAGGAGGAGAAUCACCUCCAACUGCACUAUUGGCCUACGCGGUCUGAUCAACCUUGGCAACACAUGCUUUAUGAACUGCAUUGUCCAGGCGCUAACACACACACCGCUGCUGCGGGAUUUUUUCCUGUCCGACCGACACAAAUGUGAAAUGCAGAGCAACUCCUGCUUGGUGUGUGAAAUGUCGCAACUCUUUCAGGAGUUCUACUCAGGCCAUCGUUCACCCCACAUCCCGUUCCGUCUGCUCCACCUGGUAUGGACUCACGCCCGUCACCUGGCUGGCUACGAGCAACAGGACGCCCACGAGUUCCUCAUCGCUGCACUGGAUGUACUACACAGGCACUGCAAAGAUGACAAUGGGAAAAAAGCCAACAACCCAAACCAUUGUAACUGCAUCAUUGACCAAAUCUUCACAGGGGGCCUGCAGUCUGAUGUCACCUGCCAAGUCUGCCACGGUGUCUCAACAACCAUAGACCCAUUCUGGGAUAUCAGCCUGGACCUGCCGGGCUCCUCCACUCCCUUCUGGCCGCUAAGUCCCGGCGGAGAUGGCUCGACGCUAAACGGAGAGAGUCACGCCACUGGAGCCACGACACUGACAGACUGCCUACGAAGGUUCACCAGACCAGAGCACCUGGGCAGCAGCGCCAAGAUCAAGUGCAGCGGUUGCCACAGUUACCAGGAGUCCACCAAGCAGCUGACCAUGAAGAAGUUGCCCAUUGUGGCCUGCUUUCACCUCAAACGAUUUGAGCAUUCUGCCAAACUACGGCGAAAGAUCACGACAUACGUCUCUUUCCCUUUGGAGCUGGACAUGACGCCAUUUAUGGCCUCCAGUAAAGAGAGCAGGAUGAACGGCCAGUACCAACAGACUGUGGAGCCCUUCAACAACGACAAUAAAUACAGCCUUUUUGCUGUAGUCAACCACCAGGGAACACUAGAGAGCGGCCACUACACCACUUUCAUCAGGCAGCACAAGGACCAGUGGUUCAAGUGUGACGACGCCAUCAUCACCAAGGCCAGCAUCGAGGCCGUGCUGGACAGUGAAGGGUACCUUUUGUUUUACCAUAAACAGUUCCUGGAGUACGAAUAGCGCAGCCCGCACACGAGCCCCGGCGCACUACUGCAACUAACAUUUCCACUGGAAUUCAGGACGCACGCAGCAACAAUCUGCUGGUUGUAAAUCUGCCAAGCCGGUCUGCACGUGGAGGUCGGAACUGACCGGUAGCCAUCAUCAACGUUAAACUCCUCCCUUGCUUUCUUAUUUUCGGACGGAUUUUUGGACUUGAUUCUGAAUACCGUUUUUUUUACCUACGGCGUCCUAAAGCAGGGGUGGGGAACCUAUUAAUGCUCUGGGCUGCUAUGCAAUUGUAAAAACCUCAGAGGAACCGUUUAUCUCCAAACACGCAGCAUUAAAAAUGUCUUCGUAUAGCCCAAAACGACUUUAAAGGGAAAUGCAAUAUUCCCGGGUGUCAGGAAAAAAAAGCUCUCUUGAUAUUCUUCGAUCAGAAUACACAAAGGAUAAAAAAAUUACCUCCCCACACACACACACACACACGGCUUUCUCCACUUGUCACAAAUUGCUCAAUUUUGAGUGGCUCUGUAAUUUCGUACACGACGGUCAGGCGGGCACUUAGAGAGGCCCGAUUAUUGGUGUACAAGUCAAUUUUCCAAAAGCUUCCCCACCCCUCUGCUAAAUGCUUGUAAAUGUCAAACAGCAACGAAUUGCUUCUAUCUGAAGGCAAGGCUCAAUUUUUUUUUUAAUGGUUACUCUUUAAAACAAAGGAAAGUCAUUUGAACUCACAAGCACACCACGUGUCACAUAGUAGCCUAUACACACGCAGUCUCGAAAUGACCAAAUAUUGUCGUUUUAUGCAUUUUUCAGUGCACUGCAGAAGAAGAAAAGAAAAAAAUCAAGGAGCAAAUAUCUCCUUACAAGUUGUCUGAUAAACAUUAUACAGUUGUUUAUUUAUGUCACUUGUGAGGUUUUUCUCUUGUCGGUCAACAUCGGAAGCUUCGGUUCCGCCGGAUGUUUCCGCCUCUAUUGCUGCUUCCAACGGUUGCAGGGGCGGACGUUACUCAGUAAAUAUUAUAUUUUUAUAUCAAUACUGUAAUUCAAAAAGCAUUCGUUUACAGAUUUUUUUUUUUUGCAUUCACUUUCACAUCGUCCGUCCGUGUUUCAUUGUGCCGUGUUGUUUGAUAUACGCAAAAAAAAAAGAGCUAAGUACACCCACCUGAAAAUGCUGCUAUGGCAGCUUUGUGUUUAGUUGGAAUAGCUGUUUUUUUUUUGGUUUGUUUUUUUUUUUUUUUGGAGGGGUGGGGCGUUGUGUGAAGUUUCUUUAUAAGUACGUAAGUCUCGGGCAGUUUAGAAACAUACUGUAUAUUCAUGUUCAAGGUAUGUGCUUGUGGUUAAAUGCAAAAAUAAGAACCAUUAUGGGAUGUAUCCUCAGAAUAGUACAGUAUGUACAAAGGAUCACAAAUUGAUUCUGCAGUGUAUAAUUGUUGGCUGCAUGUUUGUGUGCUUGGGUGUGCGUGCGUCUUCAUCACAAAAAAAAAAAAGACUGCGGGGAAAAUAACUGGUUGUUAAAACAAACCAAAAAAAAGAAGAAAUGUGGUCUUGUGCGUUCAAAGGGUUUGUAUGCACGUGUGGUGCGCGUGCGUAUGUUGUGUGUGUUUGUGUACUGAAUCAGUACUUGAGUUCAGCAUGCUGCCCAAGCUGAAUAUUCUUCUUUUUUUCUCAAUUUUUCCUUCCUUUCACACGUUGAAGAUGUAUGUAAAGUAUAUAAAUGUACAGUUUGUACGUAAGAGACAAGAUGGUGAAACCUCCAUAUUGAUUUUGUUUUUAUUUUUGUUCUUCUAUGUCGCUGGAUUCAGCCACGGGAGUCGAAACGGUGUCUUGACCUGUGAAGUCAUUCCUUGAAUACAAAAUGACUGCAAAGACUGGACGCACACUGAUGGCAAGACACUCAAAUAAAGAACAACAACAAAAA